GGAUACAGAGCUACAUCUAUUCUUGUAUUUUUUUAUGAAUCUAUCCAUGUUAGGCUCAUCAAUUGAGGGAGAAAAAUGGAAAAUCCAACGGCACCUCCCACCAGGAUACAGUUCUUUUAUCCCACAUUCAAUUCAUGAAGCUACCAAACUCUCUGAAACUUGACUGUCAGCUAGCAAAGCUUAGAACUUGGAGAGAUAUGGAUAUAGAGGUACAUGUAACCUUGGCUGCUACUGUUAUUACAACCAAAGCCAAGCUAGAUCAAAACAACUCUCCAGAUUUUCCAUUUCUCUUCUUUUAUCAGCCAUCAGAUAUGAGAGGAGGCAUCUGCAGCCCAAGACAGAAUUGGAUUGCAGUGGUUACUGGAGCCAACAAGGGCAUUGGAUUGGAGGUGUGCAGACAGUUGGCAUUCAAUGGAGUAAAGGUCAUACUGACUGCCAGAGAUGAGACAAAGGGAAUGGAAGCUCUGGAAAAGAUGAGAGACUCUGAGCUUUCUGAUAUCAUCUUUCACCAGCUGGAUGUGACUGAUGCAUCUAGCAUUGCUUCCUUGGCUGACUUCAUAAGGACUCAGUUUGGAAAGCUUGACAUUCUGGUGAAUAAUGCAGCAGUUGGAGCAUUAACUGUGGACAUGGAUGCUCUAAAAGCAUCAAAACCCACAGAUGAUGAGAACACCCAAGAUACAGGUGAUAUACCAGAUUGGCUGAAGCCACAUGUGGUUCAAUCCUUUGAGAUGGCAGAAACUUGUUUACAGACUAACUACUAUGGUGCUAAAGCUGUCAUUAAAGCCUUCAUCCCCCUUCUCCAAUCAUCUCUUUCAGGAAGGAUCAUCAACGUGUCAUCCACCCUUGGGCAACUCAGGGUAAUUUCAAAUGAAAGGCUACAAGAGGAGCUAUCAGAUGUUGAUUGCCUGACAGAAGAGAGACUUGAUCAACUGUCAACUUUGUUUCUGAAGGAUUUCAAGGAUGAUUUGCUGGGUUCCAAUGGUUGGCCAACCAUGGCAUCUGCAUAUAAAGUCUCUAAAGUAUUUAUCAAUGCUUACACUAGGAUUCUUGCAAAGACUCACCCUGCUUUGUGCAUUAACUGUGUGAAUCCUGGCUUUGUCAAGACUGACUUGAACUGGAACAGCGGGAUCUUGACAGUGGAAGAAGGAGCUAAAGGACCAGUGCUAUUGGCCUUGGGGUAUCAUGACAGUGCCACUGGCUUGUUCUUUGACCAAACUGAAGCUUCAUCCUUCUGAAACAUGUAAGCUUCAUCUUUGAUGAUGCUAUUGGUAGGAGUACAUUAAGGCGGAUAGAUGGAUCUUUAGGAGCUCAUGCAAAUCUUGAUUGCAACGCAACCCCCAACACCAGUGUGUGUAGAAGUAUGGGAGCUUCCACUAUGUUAUGCCUGUCUUUUCCAAGAGUUAAUAGAUAAAAAGUGGGAAAACUCGAGAAUAUUUUUUGUCAAUGAUUAUGUAUUGGAUUAAAAGAGUUUUAUCUCCA